AUUCAGCGCUUGAGAGCGUAAGCCGACUGCCCGUGAACCUGUCGUGAAAUUUGUAGUCCGGAUUUACGAGAACAAGAAGAAAUAACUUCAUUGUAUGAUGCAUGUGUUAAUGCACAAACUGAAAGACUCUUCGUUUGGGCGACUGUUCACUUUUCUCUUGCUAUAUACACUUGUGAUAACGCUAAUAACUCAAUAUUAUUUGGCAAAAGAGAGAGCUCCUUUAGGAAACACUCAAAUUAAUUUGCAUUCUUGGACCAAGCAAGACGGGGCCAUUGACAACACAGUUUCCUUAGAAGACAGACUUGGUGAAUUGAAAACUGCUUUGAUUCGGGCAGAAAGGGAACUCGAGCUUAUUAAACUUGCCAAAGUACGAGCUAACGACUGUCCACAACUACCAUACUUGAAACUUCCUGCGAAACUCAAUGCGGCACCUGAAUAUGACAAUCAUAGCUCACUCCCAGACCAGAGAGCUUCCUCAAACUGUCAACUAUUCGAUUGCUUUGAUUUUUCGAGAUGUUCUUUCAGUUCAGGUUUUCCAGUGUUCGUCUACGAGCGUUCGUUUGGUAAUCUUACUUCAGAAUCCAACGUCACGGAAAUUUUCCAGUUGCUGAAAAGAAGCCCUUAUUACACAGCGGAACCAGAGAAAGCCUGUUUGUACAUAGUGAUUGUUGGGUCGGUCGAACCUGCUCGUCAUUGGAAAAGUAAGAGCGACCUCGAAACGGAUUUACACUCAUUGCCCUACUGGAAAGGAAAUGGCAAAAAUCAUUUGCUUCUUCACCUAAAAACAGACAGAAGACAUGUUACUAGCAUUUUGUCCCUUACCAUCAAUACAGGCUUUGCCUUGAUUGCUCAGUCAACAUUUUCAAGUAACAAAAUUUAUCGCCAUGGUUUUGACAUUGUGGUACCACCAUCGAUUGGACCUCUCAAGGGAGACGUGUGGCAUCUUGCUGCUUUACAGCUACCAGCAAGAAGGAAAUAUUUGCUGAGUUUUCAAGCGGAACAUGCUGAUCAUCUUACCGAAACGAUGGCCAUUCUACGUGAUCAACUUAACGAUAUUUCCAGAGAGGCUGGAGACUUCUUAAUUGAGCUUUAUCUAUCAAAAUUGGAAUAUUUAAAGGGAACUAGUGAAUGGUUGUUAUGGGCAAGCCACGACAACAGAACAAAGGUUCUUAGACAAUCAACGUUUACCUUAAUAGUAGGAUCAAACAGUGCCAGCUCCAGUUGGGACAGUUGUCACAUCCGGCUGCUUGAGGCAUUACAAUCUGGAGCUAUCCCAGUGAUAUUAUCAAGCAAAGUUAUGCUUCCAUUUAAUGAUGUGAUUGAUUGGAGGAAAGCUGCAAUCAUUCUAUCACAAGCUCGGCUCCCUGAAUUGAACGUGUUACUCAGAACAAUUACAACUGAAGAUAUUCUUGACUUGCGUCGACAAGGCAGAUUCCUUUGGGAGACAUACCUUUCAACUACUGAUGUUAUUUUGAAAACUGUGCUAGCUACUAUGAGAACACGCUUGUCAAUUCCUGCCCAUCAUGUGUCUGCUUCUCCGACGCCAUCAGUGUUCGGUGAUUCCAAGCCCCCUGUUACAAGCUCUCCAGACCCAGAUGCCAAAAGCAGCCUUGCGCUAGAAUCUCCAACUUUCUUUCGAAAUUUAACAUCAACUGUUGUAGAUUCCUACAAUGUGUGGAAUUUUCCUCCAGGUUCUUUCAGAAUGUUUCCAAGCACGCCGUUUACUCCUGUUUUACCUUCUUCAGCGCCAUUCAAGAAUUCCAGCAAACGAUUCGAACUCAUCGGGGAUGGAAUGGGCGGAGCAGGAGCAGAGUUUAAGAAGGCUUUGGGUGGUAAUUACCCAGUGGAACAGUUCACUAUUGUCAUUUUGACGUACAAGAGAGAACUGGUGCUUAUGGAAACCAUUAAGCGUCUUGUCGGGUUACAAUACCUUAAUAAAGUUGUUGUGGUAUGGAACAGUCCAGAGCCACCUUCUUUGUCGCUUAAAUGGCCUGACAUUGGGGUGCCAGUUCAUGUCGUGAAAGUAGCCAAGAACAGUUUAAACAAUCGUUUCAUUCCAUACGAUGUUAUUGAGACUGAUGCUAUUUUAUCCAUUGAUGAUGACAUGAGAUUGAAACAUGAAGAAAUACUUCUGUGUUUCAGGUACAGUACUAACAAUAGUUUGCUGAUUGAAUUCUCCAUUAAUUUUGCAUGUUUGGCUUCUUUGAUCCAGGCAACUUAUCUUACUAUAGGAAAUUUACAAGUAACACCUCAUGAAAUUAACGCAAAUGUUCACUGAAUGUUCUCAAACUCAUCCGAAAAACAUAUGACGGGAGAAAAUAUGUUGUCUUAGAAGUGGUACCCAGGGGCGGGGCAGAAGACUCCUGAAAUUUUCGUAUAGGCAUCAUCCAACAAAAAAUGACGUCACAUCCGGUUUAAACUGCGCUUAGCGGCUCGUUUCACAAAGCGAGAAAAUGGCGUUUCGAUUACUCACGAUUUCCCUGUAUUUGUAAACCAUCAGUUUCGUUUCAUUUUAUAUUGAGUAUGGAGGGAUGUUGCAGACACAUUACUUCGACUUUUUAAGCAAAAAUUUCGGGAAAAGAGAAAAGUUUAUUAUUGUUUUGAAGCAAAAUAACGGAGAGC